AUGGCGGCAACAGUCAUUCUGCGUCAGUAUGAGGAGAUGGAAGAGGAGAUUGAGGAAGGCGACGAGAAGUCUCAUGCCAAUGAGAAAGUCAACUUUCUGUCUAUCACUCAAACAAUCAUUGACAGAAUGAUUUCUACACCGCUUCACCAUUCUCUAGCUGCUGCUGCACACUGGAUUGCAAUUAGACAGGAAGUCUACUUUGCGUUUACCAGGCAGCGAUGUCCGAAAUUCCGACUCGGCGCUGACCACUGGCAGAGCAUCUCUGUUGCCAAUACCAUGGUAGUGUUCGCCAGCCAGGUCGCAAGGUGGCGCUGGGGAAUGAAGAAAGCCGAAGAAUGGGAGCCAUUGAAGACGCAACAUCAGCACCUAAGUGAAGAGUUCCGAUCUGAACUGCAACCAUUACUUGAGAACAAGCCAGAUCGGGCGAAAGGUGAAAUAUUUCCUACGAUUUGGUAUUGUUAUGACUCCCAGGUGACAGCAAUUCAACACUUGAAACUGAGCGAAAUGAUUCUUAUUGCGGAAAGCCCCCAUCUUGAGAAUGCUAGAGGUGCCGUUCAUCGCAAAGCCGAGGCACAAGUCCGAUCAAUUGUGCUGAGCAUUUGUGGAAUCGCAUUAAACCACCCGCGUUGCCAGCCUGCGAUGGUCAAUGCCGUUAUUUCGAUCACACUUUAUGGCGACUACUUCACUCAGCCUGAAGACAGGGGUGCGUUGCUUGGGAUCAUACACCAGACUAUGGAGUUGCAUUCAUGGCCAAUGCGAAAGCCAUGUCAGCAUCUCCUAGACCAAUGGGAAAUGGUAGGUAAUGCUGAGCUAUAG